AACAAGCAAUUACUUAUAUUUUACAGUAGCAGUGGCGGUAGUUAAUGAUCAAAGCUCUCUUUUUGAUGCAAGCGUGGGUAUAAAUGGAGGACCUUUGCCAUUGUUUCUUUCUUUCACUCUCCCUUCAAAAAUACCCACUACUUUCUUUAUCUCUUUCUCUCUCUGUAUCUUCACUUUUCUGUAUGCAUUGAGUAUUGACAGUGGAGCAGACUAGGGGGUGUUUGAACAAAAGUUCAAAUUCCAUAAGGUUUAUGAGAAGUGAAAAGCUUUGAAAUGGAGAGCAGGGUACCAAAAGUAGCACAGAAUCUCAAAUGGGUAUCUUUCUCUGCCCACUUUUAGUUGGGUUUCUCUCUCUUUUUUCUCUCUGUGUUUCAGAAACUCUGACUAGGGUUUUGAAUGGGCUGGGGAUUAUUUAUUGUUCUGAAAUCAAUGUCCUUUUGUUUAAUUGACUGCUUCUAUCAGACUUCCUCUAUUUCUCUUUCUCUCUCUCUCUUUUGUUGACAGGUCCUUUUGAACUUUCUUUUUCUGUGUUUCUUUUUCCUUGAGGAAACCACCUCGUUGUGUUGCAAUUUUGGUACUUCAAGUGCCAUACUUGCUUUGGAAACGGAGGCAGAUUACUUCGUUUGAUCUUGGCCACAUAGGUUCACCUGUGUUUUCUGGGUGCUCAAGGCCCUAAAUUGAGUUCAUUUCCGUUGUUACUUUCUCCACAACUAUUUCUUUUUGUAGCUUCCCUAGUUAUAACUUUGCACAUGGUUUCUUUCCUUGGAUUGAGCUUUUGACCGAGUCUCAUUGAGACCAGAGGCAACUUGUUUCCAUUGAAAGUCUCAAGCUUUGUAGUUGGGCUGGGGUUUGGUUGUAAAAUUAAAAUUUCUUUAACAAUAUUGCAUCUUUGGAUUUUUGUUUUUCAAAAUUUUGUCUUCCCCCCUUCCUCCCUCUUUGAGGGCUUUGAUCUUUGGCUAACCUUAUCGAAUCCCUUGAGUUCUGGAUUUGUAUUGGUCAACUUUGGAAGCUCAGUGUCUGUUUUAAUAUAAAUUUUUAGGUGGUUGAAUUGGAAUUUUAGGAGAGGUUUCGGCUUUAGCUAUUCCCUGUUGAAGACAGAUGGAUAUGAGUGAGAAGGAUAAUUUUGAGGUGGCAAGAGGCAAUGAUACUAAUCCAAUGAAUUAUAAUUCUCCUACUGUUGCUUCAGACUGGCGAUUUAGUAGCGGCAAUCUUUCUAACACGCAUAUGGGUCUAAUACCAUCUGAUAAUCCAAUGGCUGUUUGUUCUUCUUCCUGCUCUGCUUCAAUGGUGGACUCAUUUGGUCAAAACCUGUGGGAACACCCUCCCAAUUCACAAAGCAUGGGAUUUUGUGAUAUUAACGUGCAAAACAAUGCAAGCACUUCAAACGCAAUGGGAAUUAGUAAAGGCAGUCCUGCAUCUUUGAGAAGUAGCAUUGACAGAUCACUUGAUAUGGCCUGGAAUCCACCAAGUGCAAUGUUGAAGGGGAGUAUUCUCUUGCCAAGUGCGCCUGGAAUGCUUCCACAGAGCCUUGCUCAGUUCCCAGCUGAUUCUGCUUUCAUUGAGCGUGCUGCCAGGUUUUCAUGUUUCAAUGGUGGGAAUUUUGGUGAUGUAGUCACUCCUUUUGGCAUUCCUGAAGCUAUGGGUCUGUACACUCGGACUGCGGGCAUGAUACAAGGACCUCAAGAUCUUUUUCUAGGAAGUGAGUUGAAGUCAGUGUCUGGAGGGCAAUUUCAUAAGAAUCAGUUGAAUGUUGGUGAACCUUCCAAAGAUGCUUCUCUAACAGUAGAACGCGGGCCUACCGAAGGGAGUCCGCUCAAGAAUGACAGAAGAAGUGAGAGCAUUGCAAGGUCCCAAGAUGAAGCAAAACAAGUUGUACCUGGGUCUGGUAAUGAGUCUGAUGAAGCUGAGUUCUGCGGUGGUGGCGGUGGUGGUCAAGAUGAACCAUCUGGCAUGGAGGGUACUGGUGGGGAAACUUCUGCUAGGUGUCUCAGCUCAAAGAAAAGGAAGAGGGCUGGACAGAAUGAGAUUGAUCAAUCCGGAGGAGGCCAACAACCUGGUGAAACGAUGAAGGAUAAUGCUGAAAACCAUCAAAUGUGCGAGAAAAAUCCAUCUUCAACUCCUAACAAGACUACUGGGAAACAUGGCAAACAAACAUCACAAGCUUCUGAUCCUCCAAAAGAAGAAUAUAUUCAUGUCAGAGCUCGGAGAGGCCAGGCCACAAAUAGUCAUAGUCUUGCCGAAAGAGUAAGGAGGGAAAAAAUUAGUGAAAGAAUGAAGUUUCUUCAAGAUCUUGUACCCGGUUGCAGCAAGGUCACCGGCAAGGCAGUGAUGCUAGAUGAAAUUAUUAAUUAUGUGCAAUCACUGCAACGGCAAGUUGAGUUUCUGUCCAUGAAACUUGCGACUGUAAAUCCACGACUGGAUUUUAACCUAGAAGGGCUAUUAGCGAAAGACUCAAGAGCCAUUCCAUCAUCUACAUUGGGGUUUCCCCCAGACAUAUCUAUGGCUUAUCCUCCAAUGCAUCCAUCUCAACCAGGUCUUAUCCCUGCCACUCUCCCUGCCAUUUGCAGCCCAUCCGACAUUCUUAGGAGAAAUAUCAACUCCCAGUUGCCGUCCAUGAGAGGAGCCAUGACUGGUGGAUUCAAAGAGCCUGCUCAGAUGCCAAACGGGUGGGACGAUGAACUGCACAAUGUUGUCCAGAUGAGUUAUGGAUCCACUGCCCCUCCUGGCGACCAAGACGUAGAUGGAUCUCUGCCUUCUGGCCACAUGAAAGUUGAGCUCUAAACCUACUUUCUCAAGUUCUAUCCCAAGUUGUACUGGCACCAUCAGCGAGGAAACAAAGCUCAUUUGAAUUUGUUACGAAUGCGAAGCUGGGAAAAAACAUUCAUGGACAAUGCAAAGCUGCUAUUUCAGCUUGUAGAGUGAGUUGCAUAGGCAAAGCAGGCAAUCAUCUGUAGCUUAAAAAGCCCGAAGUAGAAGAAGCAGUAGCAAACUUCAUGUUUGUUUUGCUUCAUUCAUACACAGGCUUAAGAAGGCGAGAAAAAAAUUGCGGAAACAUGUGCUUGUGCUGCGAGAAGCCUUGUUCAUGGAUCAGAAAAUGUAUAGAUUGAUAUUUACUAAUCCUAUGAGAUGGGAUAAGAGAGAAAGCUCAUAUUUCAUCAUAAUAGGAUCUGGGUCUGUUAUCUGUGUAGUUUAUAAGAUAAUCUGGGAGUAUGCUGCAUUAUUCAGCUCGGUGUUGGAAGCCAUAUGCAGUAAUUAUAUAUUUACAGGCGCAA